AAGGAGUCGAGGCCUCAAGUUCACAUCUCCUCCCUCAGUCGCUCUGUUUCUCCUUUCUCUCGGACUCUCCCUUGCAGCCUUGCUCUUCCUUGUCUGGCGGCGACGACUGGGCGAGCGGCGGAGCCAUUUGUCACGUCUUUGCCAAGCCCUUUGCCGGCGACGAGCAUCCUCCAGAUAUGGAUGCAUCAGGCCUACCAGCAUUCGCCAAUGGAGAGAUGCUGAAGACGUUGGUUGGGCGAAGAGUGCGCACAGUGGUUCAAGUCGUGCGCCGUGAAGGUGGACUCCUUGUUGGGCAGUCAACUGACGGGCAUCAGUUGACUAUUAGGGGUGCCAUGGAUGUCCCUGUAUCACACUUUAUGGAGGUUUUCGGAACUGCUGAAACUGGCCAGUCUAUCAGCGCUGACGUUUGCACAGAUUUCGGCGACAACUUUGAUGCUGAAUCAUUCAAUGGACUGUGCAAGUCUGCGAACAUGGUCAAGGAGCUGUUCCUGUAGAGUUCAGUAUCUGACAUGAGACAUUUUGGCCAUCCAAGCGGAAGUUGAUGUCUUAAAUUUGAAGAUUUGGCUAAAUGUUUCUUCAUAACCUCAGUGAUCUGUUGCUGUCAGUAUUGGGUAGAUCUGUUGCUGUCAGUAUUGGGUAUCUCUUAUGACCUAUUAAUCUAAGCUAUGUAACAAGGAAGACAAGUGACUCAUGGUCUCAUGUAGUUGAUGAGAUUACUGUGUUUGUUUCCUCCAACCUAAACGAGCAGAAGCUUUAUAUUACUUCACUUGCAUUUCUACCA